AUGUUGCAGCAGAUGUCUGACACUGUUUCACAUGCACAAUUGACUAAUGUACGUCAAAUUAAGAUACCUGGUGAUGUAAUCAUAGGUGGAGUUUUCCCAGUUCAUGCGAAAAGUGAGUCAGCAGAUGACCCUUGUGGUAUCAUUGCUGAAACAAGAGGUGUCCACAGAGUGGAAGCAAUGCUCUAUGCAUUGGAUGUUAUCAAUUCACAAUGGGAAUUUCUGCAUGGUUAUAAAUUGGGUGCAUUAAUAUUAGACUCAUGUUCAAAUCCAGCUUAUGCUCUGAAUCAAAGUCUAGACUUCGUACGUGAUUUGAUUGGUUCAACAGAGUUUACUGAAUAUCAGUGCCGUGAUGGUAGUCAUCCGCAAAGACUACAUUUACCACAAAAAAAUGUUGCUGUGGUUGUUGGUGGUAGUUACAGUUCUGUUAGUGUGCAGCUUGCUAACCUCUUAAGACUCUUCAAAAUAGCUCAAGUAAGUCCGGCCAGUACCAAUGCUGAUCUCAGUGACAAAACACGAUUCGAGUACUUUGCUCGAACGGUACCCAGUGAUGACUAUCAAGCACGGGCGAUGAUUGAUAUUGCUCAUCACUUCAAUUGGACAUAUGUAUCGUUGGUGUAUUCAGCUGAUGAAUAUGGAGAAUUAGGUGCUGAAGCGUUCAAGAAAGAAGCACGCAAAAUGAAUAUCUGUAUUGCUAUUGAAGAGCGAAUAUCACCUAAAAAAGAAGCGUUCCAGGAAUCAGUUAAUAAUCUUGUCAAGAAAUUGCAGCCUGAUAAAAUGAAUGGUGCUCGUGUAGUGGUACUAUUUGUUGCCACAGAAUACGUUCCAGAACUAAUGCUGCAAACUUUUGAACGAAUGCGUCUGGAGCGAUUGCCCCAUCGGAAAAAGAUCAUUUGGUUAGCAAGCGAAGGUUGGGACCGAAACAACGAAGCAUACACUUUGGGUACGAGAAAAAUUGCAGCGGAGGGAGCUAUCGUUUUAAUGUUAGCAUCUGAACGUGUUCCUGCGUUUGAUGAGUACUUUCUGUCACUUAAUCCUGGUCAUCAUAAAUUCGAACGUAAUAAAUGGUUGAGGGAAUUGUGGCGUCAUAAAUUCAAUUGUGAAUUCGAUCUUCCUAAAGAAAGUACAAUGAAUCGAUGUGAAAAUCAUCGACAAACUGUCAACAAUUUUAAUCCAGACGACAAAGUUCGAUUUGUUAUUGAUGCUGUCUUUGCAAUUGCAUAUGGAUUAAAAGCAAUGAAGGAAGAAGUUUGUCCGGAUGAUGCUGUCACACCUUCGUGGAUAUCAAGAUAUUCAAAGGUCCCUGAAAUCUGCAAUGCAAUGAAGCAUAUCGACGGCGAGAAGUUUUACCAAAAAUAUUUGCUGAAAGUUAAAUUUGAAGAUGCAGUAGGAAAAAAUUUUCGGUUCAAUCCAAAUGGUGACGGACCUGCACACUAUACAAUUCUAAAUUAUCAACCAGAAAGUGACCGCAAAAGGAAGAUGCGAAGUUUUGAAAAUAAUUACUACAUAAAUGAUCGAAAAAUGUUUUGGAAAUAUGGAGAAAUACCACUGUCACAAUGCAGUAUGCCUUGUCCCAUUGGGUAUCGCAAACAGCUCAUCAAAGAUGAAAUAUGCUGUUGGGCAUGUGGCAAAUGUGAGGACUAUGAAUUCUUAGCAAAUGAAACAACAUGUGUCGACUGUGGUGAAGGUUGGUGGCCGUCAGCUGAUCGUGAAAGUUGCUUUGAUUUGGCUAAAUCGAAUUUGAAAUAUAUGAGAUGGACUACUUGGUAUUCGAUAGUACCUGCUUUGCUUGCAAUUAUCGGUAUAAGCUCAACAGUGUUCGUAAUUAUUGUGUAUCAAAGAAAUCAGGAAACUCCCGUAGUUAAAGCAUCAGGGCGAGAACUCAGCUACAUAAUUAUGGCAUCAAUUAUUAUGUGCUAUGCAAUGACCUUUAUACUCAUUUCUAAGCCUACAACUUUCAAUUGUGCUAUCAAAAGAACAGGUAUUGGAUUCGCUUUCUCCUGCUUAUAUGGUGCCCUUCUUGUAAAAACCAAUCGAAUUGCACGCAUUUUUUCGCAUCAUUCUAUUCAACCACUCAUUUACAUUUCACCUGUUUCACAAGUAUUUAUCACAGCAUUUCUUGCUGGUCUUCAACUUAUUGGCUCGCUUAUUUGGCUCCUCAUGGUUCCACCCGGUACAAAACAUUAUUAUCCAACACGGGAUCAAGUUGUACUCAAAUGUAACGUGCCUGAUCAUCACUUUCUUUAUUCGCUAACUUAUGAUGGUGCACUUAUUGUGCUGUGUACUGUAUAUGCUAUUAAGACUCGUAAAGUGCCCGAAAAUUUUAAUGAAACUCGUUUUAUCGGUUUUACGAUGUACUCCACAUGUGUUCUUUGGCUUUCCUGGAUAUUUUUUUUCUUUGGCACUGGCAGCGAUUUUCAGAUUCAAACGACAUCCCUAUGUAUAUCAAUAUCAAUGUCUGCAAGUGUUGCAUUGGCUUGUAUUUUUUACCCAAAAUUAUGGAUUAUAUUAUUUCAAAAGCAUAAGAACGUGAGGAAACAAGAUGAAGUAUUUUGUAAAAGAACUCGAGUACCGAUAAAUAUACUAGGAACGGAAGCACCCACAAAGUAUUUUGGUUUACUAUCUGAACAACGCCGAGAGAAUUCUGUUCGAAGUUCGCAUUACAGCAUUUCGUUAUCAGGACAUGAUACGUUUCUGUAA